AGUCUCUCUGAUCCCCCUUCAUUUCCCUUGUGUCGCCCUGCAGGAAGGACCUUCCCCAAGAAGGGCCAGACGUGCGUGGUGCACUACACAGGAAUGCUCCAAAAUGGGAAGAAAUUCGAUUCAUCUAGAGAUAGAAACAAACCUUUCAAGUUCAGAAUUGGCAAACAGGAAGUCAUCAAAGGAUUUGAAGAGGGGGCAGCCCAGAUGAGCUUGGGGCAGAGGGCGAAGCUGACCUGCACCCCUGAUGUGGCGUACGGGGCCACGGGCCACCCCGGUGUCAUCCCUCCCAAUGCCACCCUCAUCUUUGACGUGGAGCUGCUCAACUUAGAGUGAAGGCAGGAAGGCACUUGAGGUGGCUGGAGUCGGCUGCCGCCCAACCUUCCAG